AUAAAAGCUGGUCAGAAGCUUUUGUCCACCAGUGGUGGAGAGGAAGUUGCAGCGAAGAAUCAACAGAAAAGUUACCUGUUUUGCAAGAUGCAUCCUCUGUUCCUCCUCUGCACCACGGCGAUGGUCUCCAUCGCCUUGGGCCACACUCAACUUCCUGUCCUUUCCUCAGAGAUGGCUGACUUUAUUAAUAAAGCCAACACCACCUGGAUGGCUGGCCAAAACUUCCACAAAGUUGAUAUCAGCUAUGUGAAAGGACUCUGUGGGACCAUACUUGGUGGACCCAGGCUGCCAGAAGUGGCUCAUAAUAUAGAAGGCAUAAAGCUGCCUGACAGCUUUGACCCCCGGCAGCAGUGGCCUAAUUGCCCUACACUCCAACAGAUCAGAGAUCAGGGCUCCUGCGGAUCCUGCUGGGCUUUUGGGGCGGCUGAAGCAAUAUCUGACAGAAUAUGUAUCCAAAGUGAUGGGAAGGUCUCCCUGGAGAUCUCUGCAGAAGAUUUACUCACCUGCUGUGAUGAAUGUGGCAUGGGCUGUUUUGGUGGUUUUCCAUCUGCUGCUUGGGAAUUUUGGACAAAGACGGGACUCGUAACAGGAGGGUUGUAUGCCUCCAAAGUUGGUUGCAGACCCUACACCAUCGCUCCCUGUGAACACCAUGUGAAUGGAACCCGUCCUCCUUGCAAGGGUGAACAGGAUACUCCGAAGUGUGUGAAGCAGUGCAUUGAUGGGUCCUCGCUGUCAUACCCAAAGGACAAACACUUUGGCAAACGCUCUUACAGCAUCCCGUCCCAACAGGAGCAGAUCAUGACUGAGCUGUAUAAGAAUGGGCCUGUGGAGGCGGCUUUUAGUGUUUAUGAGGAUUUUCUGCAGUAUAAGACUGGUGUAUAUCAGCAUGUGACAGGAGGAAUGCUGGGAGGGCAUGCCAUUAAGAUCCUGGGUUGGGGAGAGGAGAACGGGACCCCUUACUGGCUGGUUGCGAACUCCUGGAACAGCGACUGGGGUGACAAAGGCUACUUCAAGAUCAAGCGUGGAAAUAAUGAAUGUGGAAUUGAGUCAGAGGUGGUUGCAGGAAUGCCACUCAACUAGCUGAAAUGAGUCCUGGCUGCAGACAAUCAACAAAUGAAUCAAUUAAGAUACAUUGCAAAUAUUGACCGAUCAGGAGAGG